AUGAAACAAAACAACCAACACGUUGAUUUCAGUCUCCAAUACAAUGAAAACUACAGAAUGAGACACAGGGAACUUAGUGAGUUGAUAGAGUACGAGGAUGCACCCUAUUCACGGAUAAGUGACGUGAAGAACAACACAAGAAUGGUUAAGGCGGUGCUAUUCAUGAAUUCAUCCAAAAAGCUGUCUAUUUUCAACAAGAACGUGGAAAUAGACCUAGAGAGAACCAAUAGAGAGAUUCAGACGUACGAAGAAGAGAAAGAUGGUCUCCAUUUCAUAGAAGACCUCUCUUGUAGGGUGGAAGUUGAAUUCAAGUGCAACAUUUUCAAUGACUUUCUGGUGACUGGAAUGGUCCUUGGAUUUGUUGGUGCGAUGGAAGGAGCCAAAUUCGUCUGUACCAAAAUAAUUUAUCCAGGAGCACUUUCAGGCAGAAUGGAUGACGUAGUCUCAGAACACAGGCUACUCAUCUUUAGCAACGUCAAAUUCAACAGAAACUUCCCAAAUUUGCUCACUCUUCUAGAUCUAAACAGGGACAAAUACGAUGACGUAGUCUUUAUUGGACCAAUAUUCGAUAGAACACAGGAUGAUUGGGAUUUCAGCAAAUUCAACAGGUUUCUGGACACAUUUCCAGGCAAAUUGUACAUUCUACCAGGAUUGGAUGAUCCAACAAGUGGAUUCGUACCACAGCCACCACUUCACAAACUGCUCUUUUCCAGAAACAAGAAUGUUGUACGACUUACCAAUCCAGCCACUGUGGAAAUCAACAGCAAAACGUGCCUAUUUCUUGAUGGAAAAUACGCAAUGGCCGACUUACUGAGAUACAAGAAACACAGUAGAGCCACGGAUGCAAUGAAAGCAGUGAUAAAAAGCAGACUGAUUCUACCAAAUGCACCGGAUACGAUACCAUGUGUCCCUGAGUCACAUAGAGACCCUCUCUUGCUCUCCAAAGUGUCCCUGAUUGUCUCAGGUGGCACCAAAACUGAAUACGACAUUUUCAGGCAGAAGAUGCUUCUUUCUGUGGCUGACUUCGACGAGACCAAAGUUGCGACACUUUUUCACAUGAAAAACAAACAAAUUGAGGAGAUCGCCUUCUGCGAAUAA